GGUAAUUGUGUAAAGAAGCAAUCACAUCUUUACAAGAUUGUUUAGGAAUGAUAAAUUGCAGUUGUGGUUUCGAGCAUCAGGUGGGUGAUGUAUCUGGUGGUAAGAUUUCGAACGAAUCGUUAUUGAAGCUUGGCCAGCUCAUCAUUUAGAGUCAAUAUUUCGCACGGCCAAGAAAUAUUUGGCCAAAAAUGCAUUUCGUAGUUUCGCUUAUUUUGCUAAAAGCUCAAGUGUGCCCCCGGAAAUCAACACAUCCUCUGAGAAAUUAUGGUUCAGAAAUGUGUCCCAAAUCGCAGGUGUAUAUUGUCUUUUUUCUAAUGCUUCCAGUGUAACGGUUCUAGGAUAGUAUGUCAUAUCCACCUUGUUCCACAAGCAUUAUCACCAUCAACCAAAUGUAUCUUAGGAAUCUUCAGUCUUGCUAUUUUAUCAGGUUUGUGAACUGUAUUUUUGAUCGCAUGAUCUAAGUUUGCUGCAAAAACACGUGCUUUAUGCUUGAGAUGGUUUGAUAGCAACCCAUGCCUUGCCAAAUGUUCGCAAUAGUCAUCUGCACUUGCGGAUGUGUGCUUGAGAUCAUUUGUGCAAUUUUUGCCGCCUCAUGUAAUGGUGAAUUCACUCCGUUGGGAUCAGAUUCAAGAUGAGAAUGCGUUCUCACGAAGAAUUGUGCAGUUGCUCCUUACAGGCGUCAUAGUAUCGCGUAGUUUGAAUGACGUUCACCAGACCGGUUGAUAAAACAGUUAUCAAACCGGUGCAAAGCAUGUGAUUGAUAAUUUGCCAGGAAAAUGGAUGCUAAUGUAGAGAGACUCUUACAAGGAUUUGGUAUAAGAAUUUGAGUAUCUCCUGCGGAAGUAGGUCAUCAUAAGUGUUCAGGCACAUUCCAGAUUCGCCGUUUCCACUUCUACAUUCGUAUCUUUUUAUUCUCAAGUCCCAUUCUGUUUUAAAUUUCACGAACAGAUAUCAAAAUGCAACUAUACGUAAGAAAUUGUUCCCUGUGCAAGGAGGGAAAAUCAGAACAUCGACGAACUCAAAAUUGUUCUUUGGAUCCCGAUAUUAACCCCUACCGGAGAUUUGACGCCGAGCGACAAUGUGAUUUCUGUGAGAAAGAUCAUGAACUUUUUGAAUGCAAGGAUCCUAGAAGAUCAAACCCUUGCAGAACUUGUGGUCAUGGAUGGCAUACAAAGGAUGACUGCAUGUUAGAUCCUAGUUUCGACUCUCUCCUUGAGCAAUUCACACUGCAUAAAUACAGAGCUGCAAGUCAGGUUCAAAAAGCUCGGCCGGAGGCUCGGAGGGAAGAGUGUAGAGAGAGGUACAAUAAAAGAUUCAAAAAAGGACGCUACGCGCAGUCCCCGCAGUCUACGACAUCGACAUCUACUCCCUCGAAAUCUGGCCUUUCUGAGACUAGCACUUCGCCAUCUCGUUCUAUGGAAUCUCAUCCUCUGGCAACUAGUCUCUUGGCAUCUGGUCCCGCAGUAUCUGGCUCAUCCACGAAUUUGUCUGAAUCCAAUAAGAAUCCGCCAAGCCAAAUAAGCCAAUCAAGCCAACCACAUCAGACAAGUCAGGCCUCUGGUCAAUCCCAAAAUCAAACUCAAAGUGAAAAAUCUGCAGAUGAUGGAAUUGAAGAUCAAAGCAAAGAGAAAACAGACGCGGAGAUAUGGAAAGAAAAUUGUGAAAAGUGGACAGAGGCUAGUCUUCGCCUCGCUGGAUAUCCUCCUAAUAAUCAACUCCCGGGUUUAGGCAACACCCUUAUCAGGGCAAACUUUCUUGAAGUCAGAAUAACGAACCCCACCACCAACCUUCGAAGAUAUCGCGUAGAAUUCGGAAGCAUGCCAAACCGUGACCAACAUGGCAAGAUCACAUACAGGUCCAUUGUGAAACCCGACUUGAAAAGAGCUAUGAUCAACCAAAUGCUGGCUGCAAAUCCUCCGGCUGCAACCUAUGCCACUGAUUUCUCCAGCUACAUCAUUUCGGUUGGAAAGCUUUACACUGAUUGCGGCGAUAAUUUAGACAAUGUUAUCACCAGAACUCACUUGCUGACCCCUGCGGACCCAGCUUCAGCUCCGUUAUCCAUGACAACAAAACUUGUCUACGAACGUAUUGUCAACCUUGCCGAGUUAAGGCGUUUCAUCAACCGUGUUCCUGGAAGAGACUUGAACUACCACCCUGGUGAAGAUCUCAAGUCUUUAAACAUUGUAUCUUGGCAGAUGAUAUUUCCGAAUACCUUUCAAGGGGGUCGAUUGGGAAACAAAUUCUACCCUGAAAGUGCGCCAUUCGAUACAGUUGAAGCUCUACAGCGAAAUGAUCACCAUAGAGGUCAGCAGCCGCUCUGGGACCUCUGUGACGGAUUUUCCAGCUCCAUGCGCCCUGGGGACGGUAAAUUGCUUCUCAACUUGAAUUGCACAACCUCGGCAUUUUUCCAUCAGUGUCUGCUUGAGAAGUGGAUCUCGGCCAGGUUUGGAAGAUCGUUUCCACAACCUGCAAAUGUGAUAAGAGAACUGAGAGGUGUCAAAGUCACAUUUAGAGGGGAUCCUAAAACUCCUAAGAAGAAAUGGUCUGUUUCUGGCAUCGAUAGUCAACCGGUCGGCGUGAAAACCUUUACCGAUGAUAACGGAAAUCCCAUCACUGUUUGGCAACAUAUUAAGAAUACAUAUCCUACGCAUCAGCAAGGUUGUAGUCAGGAAGCUUGGUGUGUCAAUGUAGGAAGUAUUGUUCCAGGGCAAAGACAAAUAUGGUACCCAGCAGAUAUGCUUGAUAUUUGCUUGUGGCAGCCCGCCGGGAAAAAGGCUGGAAUAGAAAUCACACGACAAAUGCUGAUUUUGGCAACUAAGACACCUCUAGUCAAUCAGACGACUCUCAGGAACACUGCCAUGCCUCUCCUAGGUCUACCACCAUCACCUGACCAUUACCGUUUAUUUGGACUUAAUGUUCAACCCAAUUUUCUGUCUUUGGAUAGAACCCGACGACUGAUUCCCCCUCCGCUAAAGUUUCACAGUAAUGCUUUUGUGAGAACUGUUCCGAAAAAUUCAGCAAGUUGGACCCUUACUGAUGUUGCAAGGAAAAGUAUCAAUGACAAUACACGCGGCUUUGCUGUAAUUGCCAACCCCUAUCCUAUCCUCUAUUUGAUCUGUGUUGAUACAAAGAAUCCAAAUAAAACACGCCAAAUCAGAGCGAAUGACUUUGCACGUGUUUUAUGCGCGGAUCUGUACCGCUAUGGGUUUUCCACAGGAAAUGAAGCAAGCUUCAUGGAGAAUGUUUCGAUGCCAUUGGGCUCAAAUCCUAGUGUGAGACGUGCAACGUUCAGUAUCACGCUAGACAAUGCAGUUACUAGAUUAAAGCAACGAGGUGGGGGGGUCAAUCCUCCCCUUGUCGUUGUUCUCCUGCCAAAUUCCAAGAAGAGUGACGCCGACAUAUACUCAGAUGUCAAAUGGUGGGGAGAUUGUGUCAGUGGCAUGCCCACUGUUUGUGUUAGCACAGAUGGCGUUGAAAGAGGGGCUAGACCUGAUUUGGGAGUUUUGGCAAACAUUGCUCUCAAGAUCAACUUCAAGCUAGGAGGAAUAAAUCAUAAAAUAGAGAAUAUACCGCUAAAAGAUCGAACGAUGAUUAUGGGUGCUGACGUAACGCAUGUUGGAAAAGGUCAAGACGACGCAUGCCCAUCUCAAGCUGGUGUAGUUGCUACCCGCGAUAGCAAUUAUGUUCACUAUCUCGCUUCAGCACGUCUGCAGCCCCAUAACACCGAGUUCAUCGAAGACCUCCAAGGUAUGGUUGAGGAGCGUCUAGAGGCUUAUCAUCAGCACAAUGGCUACCUUCCUGCCCACAUUCUCUUCUAUCGUGAUGGCGUCGGUGAAGCUCAAUACGGUAUGGUGCUUGAAGAAGAACUUCCACAAGUUCGUUCAGCGUGUGCGAAGCUAGUUGCGAGAUACGGAGGAGUGCCCCCUCUGAUCACACUUCUGGUGGUAGGAAAGCGCCAUCAUGUAAGAUUCUUCCCGGAUAGUAAUCAUCAACCAAGUCGAAAUCUUCCCUCUGGUACGGUGGUGGACAGGGGUGUUAUCGAUCCCAAUCGCACCAACUUCUACCUACAGAGCCAUGAUAGCGCACUAGGUACCGCGAGGACAGGUCACUAUGUAUUGAUUAUCGACGAGACGGGAUAUGGACUUGAAAGAUUGGAAACGAUCACAAACCUUAUCUGUUUUACAGGAUCCCGCGCUACGAAAGGUCUCUCGGUCUGCACACCAGCGAAAUAUGCAGAUAUCUUGUGCACUCGCCUCCGCUGUUACAUGCAUCCUGCUUUGCACAGAGAAAUGGGGGAUGCUCUUACUGGUGCAACGGUCACCCAGUAUAGACAGAACGCUACAAUCUGGGGGAGAGUCACUGGUAAUCCAUGGCAUGCUAAUGUUAACAACAUAAUGUUCUACCUUUAAGACGCAGAAUAAUGAAGGCGGCGAAUCAAUUGUGGAUUCACCGGUUUUCUUUUCUGGAAUUUAUGAGUUUAGAGGUUUAGGAUUUUUGCGGGAGUUUGAUGAUGAUUCGUCAGUUUAUUUCUUUUUUGUUUUCCUUCUCUUUCGCCUAAUUCCUUUUCUUAUUCAGUUCUAUUUUGCAAUUUUGUUUUCAAUUGUCGGAGUUUGGGAUACGGAAAACGGAAGGGAAGAGUAUUCAAGUCGGCGUUCAGGGUUUGGUUUGUUGCAUGUGUUUAGCUUUGGGGUGGAGUUCGGGGUUUGGUCUGCUUUUCGGGUUAUUUAUUUGAGCUUAGAAAUAGGACUUCUUCGGGAUGGAGUAUGCUUUAGGGUAGUCAAUUCCACUGGCAGGCUUCCUUGCAUAUGGCCUUGCUAAUAUGAUAGUACCAGCUUGCUCCGUGACUAAUGUAGUAAUUUCA